GGAUGUUUGUGAAACCCCUGUGCCACAUGUACAAUUACUAAGAGAGUUUUUUUUUAAAGUAAUGACUUGAAUUUUGAUAACUUGAACAGUACAAAUAUCACUCAGCAAUAUGUGACAUACAAAGCCAACUUGAUUAUUUACAUUUUGUAUUAAUUAUAAAACGAAAUAUUUAUAUUUUUAAUUAUGAUAAAUCUCAGUGUAACAGUUAUAUGAAUAUGGAAUGUUUGUUUUUCAGUCUGGUGUCUCUCGCUUUUGCUGGUUCCAUUGGAAUGACUUUUGUCAUUCUUGCAUGUGCCUUACCACAGUAUAAGCAAUGGUGGCCAUUCUUUGUAGUUCUGUUCUACGUGCUCUGCCCGAUCCCGACGAUGAUCGCGCGCCGUCACACAGAGGGCGGCACUCACAUGGCCUGCAUGGAGUCUGCCAUCUUUAUCACUAUGGGUUUCAUUGUCAGCUCAUUCGCCCUGCCCGUGGUGCUAGCUCGUGCUGCAGUGAUAAUGUGGGGCGCUUGUUAUUUAACGCUGGCAGGUAACAUCAUUGUGUACCUCACCAUCCUCGGUUUCUUCACCAUCUUUGACAUGGACGACACUGACUAUACGAUGUGGUGAGAGAUCUAAAUGUUGUUGUAAGUUCAAUGGACGAUCUUAGGCGAAUAAUAUAUUGUAUCGUAAGAUAAUGUUGUGGUUUUGUUUAUGAUUAAGUCUGAUAUUGAUACUGAUAGAGUAACCGUGAAGGAGUUAUGAAGAAAUGAUGUUGUUAACAUUUUUUUUUU